AUGAAUAUCACAACUUUUUUAAUGCUUUCUUUUAGUGUGGUGUCAUGUGUAAACAUCGAAGAUGUUUCAGACGACCCACUAACUCUUUUCGACCCUUUGGAAUCUGGAGGGGCCCUUUCACAAUACGAUGAUCUAACUGACUUUGACUUUUCCAAAGAACUCUCUCCGCUAGACGAGGAUGUUGAAACUGACCUUGACGAACUUGAUUCUGAGGAAACGCCAUCAGAUGAACAUUACGAUACUGAAAUCAAGGAUGCCACUAGGCUAAGUUGUCCAUUUUCAGGAAAAAACUGUAGGUUUAAGAAGGCCAAGUGUAGAUGCAGCUCCAAAGAUGGUGAUUUCAAAUUCACUAUGAAAAAGUUCGGUAUGACUGGUGACGAUAAAACUGAAGAACCAGAAUCCCCAGAGGAACAACAAGAACUACCUAAAGAACAUACUGAUGUUCAUGAGCAAUCUAAACAACAUUUUGAUGUUCAUGACCAAUCUAAACAACAUUUUGAUGUUCAUGACCAAUCUAAACAACAUACUGAUGUUCAUGACCAAUCUAAACAACAUUUUGAUGUUCAUGACCAAUCUAAACAACAUUUUGAUACCCAUGAGCAAUCUAAACAACAUUUUGAUACCCAUGAGCAAUCUAAGGAGCAUUCUGAGGCACCAAAAAGCCUAGAACAACAAACUGAGCCCCCAAAGACCCUAGUUCAACAUUCUGAGCCUACUCCUAAGGAAAUAGUUCAACAAGUACCAGAAAUGAUCGAGGGAUUCAAGAUGUUGGAGGAUUUAAACGAUCCAAGCCAAUUGGUCCUUGGUAAAGCACAAGACGGUACAGUUUCAGAACAGCCAUCCAAUGACUCUGGACUUCAAAUGGUCCCUACCACCGGUGGUCAAGAUGAAUUUGAAGACAAGACAAUCAGAGUUAGAACCGAAGAUAAGAAGGAUAAAGAUAAAAAGGUACACGAAUAUGAAUAUUUGAGAGUUAAGAAAGUCGACAACAAGAACGGCAUUAAGGAAACCCAUCUUGAGUCUCCAAAAUCCCAAAAUCCAUCCGUUAUGUACCAUAAGGGAGCAAUACCAAAGAUGGACCUUUCAGUAAAAUCUAGAAUUUCAAGUGUAUUUCCACCCAAAGUUGAUGAACAAGCCCCAGCUCCCGAGGCCAUUCAGCACUCACAGCCAUUAGCUAUUGAGUAUCCCCAGCAUUCAACAACUGAUAAUUCAAAACAAUUAGCUAUUGAAUAUCCACAGCAUUCAACAACUGAUAAUUCAAAACAAUUAGCUAUUGAAUAUCCCCAACAUUCAACAACUGAUGAAGAGGCACCUAGGAAAUUGGCUGAAGUUAAACAACACAAACAAGAAUCAAGUCAACCCCAAUCUAUGGCCGUUAAACCCUUUAACAAAGAUUUAACAGUACAAAAAUUCAAACCAGUUGUCACACAGGGAUUAAAAAAGCCUGUUGGACCACCAACACCAAAGUUCGUUUCAUUGUCAUACCCAGGUGAAGUCACUGGUUUGACCGCCGGUAACUUUCGAGAAGGAGCAAGACUCAGGAGUUUGAAAAAGAACAAAUCCAAAAAGUCUAAGGGUAAGGCCUCCAAGGGAAAGAAAGCUAAGAAAGCCAAAAAAGCUAAAAAGUCAAAGAAACCAAAAAAGACUAAAGAACAGAAAUUGGCAGAAAAGGAGAAAAAGAAGGAGAUGAAAAAGAAGAAGAAGUUAUCUAAUGAACAGGCGGAAAAGAACCAGAACGCUAUUUUGGAAAAGAUGAGGGAAAAGGAUAGAUUUUUGGGUGAAAAACUAGAAAAGGAAAAGGAAGAGCUUGAAAAGAAACAAGAAUCUGGAGCUGCUAUUGCAAAAAGAGUCAGACAAUUACAGAUAGAAAAGGACAGACAGGAGAAGAAGAUCAAGUUGGCCGAGAAGAGAAUCCAGGCAAAAAAGGACCUUGAGAGGAAGGCUGAGAAGGCUGAAACGUUAAAGCAACUUAAAAAAGAAAAGGAAUUACUAAGGGAACAGGAAAAACAACUGGAUGAUAUGAAAGUUGAUUCAGUAGAUGGUGAUCAUGAAUCAGGUGGAGAGGAUCAAUUAUUGGAAAAAAACAGUUCAGAUGAUUCAGACGAUUCCACAAAUCUUUAA